UGAGCGACUGGUUUGGGACACUGACAUUAGCUAAGUAAAAAGGUUGAAGCUUGAGAAGAACCAGCUAGAACGUCAAAAUAUUUACUUGACCUGGUCUGAGAAACCAACUUAUUUGCUUUGGGCAAAUUGGGCAAAAUUUCGGCCACUCAAACUCAGGAUCAUCUAUACAAUACAAGGUAAAUAUAUUAUUCCAAACUCUAAAAAAUCCAUUGCAAAGCUACCUCAAGCAAAGAAUGAAGUUACUGCACCUACUGCUAGUAGGCUUCAGCCUGGGUUUUUCUGGAGCAGGGGCUUUUGUGACCCACGUGGAGAGUGACUGUGUACUGGAUGAGGAUGGAUCAGUAAAGGACUUCACAUAUUGUAUCUCCUUCAACAAGAAUGUGUUGACCUGCUGGGACUCAAAGAUUAAAAAGAUGGUCACUGUUGAUUAUGGUCUAUUGCAGCCAUUUGCUGAAUAUCUUUCUCAAUCCCUUAAUAACAACAGUGCCUUGAUAUACCACCUGAGCAAUGGACUCCAGGAUUGUGCCAGUCACACAAAACCUUUCUGGGGGUCAUUGACCCAAAGAACACGGUCACCGUCAGUGCAAAUAGCCCAGACCACACCAUUCAACACAAGGGAGCAAGUGAUGUUGGCCUGCUAUGUAUGGGGCUUCUAUCCUGCUGAUGUGGCCAUUUCAUGGUUGAAGAAUGGGCAGCCAAUCCCUAACAGUGGCAUUCAGAGAGCUGUACAGUCUAAUGGGGACUGGACUUACCAGACACGAUCUUACUUGGCCCUUACCCCCUCUAGUGGGGAUAUUUAUACUUGCCAUGUAGAGCACAGUGGGAGUUCCCAGGCCAUCUUACAGACCUGGACCUCUGGCCUCUCUCUGAAGCAGACCGUGAAGAUCUCUGUAUCUGUAUUGACUCUGGGACUUGGCCUCAUCUUCUUCUUCCUUGGCCUGGUUUUCUGCCAAAAAGCAGGCUCCUCUGACUACACUCCUCUCUCGGGGUCCAAUUAUCCUGAAGGUAGGAACUUCUCAUAAAGGCUGACACUCCAUAUCCUCUACUCAGUGCUGAGCCUGGGAGCAAGAAGAUUUGAGUUCAAAUGUGGCCUCAGACAUGAGCAGUGGGAGCCUGGGCAAGUCACUUGACUCGCCUGCUUCAAUUUUCUUAUCUAUAAAAUGAGUCUAAUAACAGCACCUACUUCCCAAGGUUGCUGUGAGGCUCAAAUAAGAAUUGUAAAGUGUUUGGCAUAAUGUAAAUAUUAGUUUUUAUUAUUAUCCUUUCCAAUUAAGGAUAGGAACUCAACUCUAGUUGGUUACCAGCUAACUUCUACAUCUUCCUAUACUCCUCUCCUUAUUACCCAAAAUGUUCCCUUCUUAAUUGUCCCUCCUUUCUUAGGUUCUGUUCACUUUUCCCUUGAAUAGCUUGUUAAACCAUCCCUCUUCACCUUGGGUUACUGAGGGAAACUCAUUCUUGAUGCUAUUUAAAAACAGGAGGUAGGUGGAAAGUACCUGUCUAUAAAAUUGAAAUAAAGGAAAAGGAUGCCA